UGCCUCGUCUGCCUCUCUUGCAUGUGCAGCAGCCAUAAAGAGAUUCAACUGUUCAUUGGACAAGCAUUGUCUUAGGUCAAGCUGUGGACUGCAUAAUUAUUAUAGGCCGUGAUGCCACCUCAUCCUCGCGACCAUCAAUCGGGAGUUGGCAAGAUGUCGUUCCCCCGAAAAUACUUUGAAGGUCUUCAAUCCAUGCUGCGGAGUGGGGAGCUCGCAGACCUAAUCAUCACCUGCAAGGGUAGAACCUUCAAUGUGCAUCGCAUGAUCCUAUCAGCACAGUCUGGCUUCUUCAGAGGUGCAUGCACCGGCAACUUCAAGGAAGCAUUCACAGGGCGUAUCGAUCUCCCGGAGGAUGACCCAGACAUACUGGAGAUACUGAUCGAGUACAUCUAUCGCGGGCAACUCCCCCGUGACCUUGUUGCCUGUGCCGUAUCAGAUCUGCGCCACAACUCCGAGUUCCACAGUUUGGCUCGCUCUUCAUGCGCUACCACGGAUCGUCAUAUCGCUACAAAUCGUUCCACUGCACCUGGAGGACCAUCUUUGAAGGCCAACAAUACUUUAGAUGAUUUGACCCCUACAUCUCUCGCGAAGGCGAGACAAUCUUCAGAGGGUUACUACCUUUGGACAUAUGCCAAGAUUUAUUUAUUGGCCGACAAAUACCAAGUCCUAAGCCUCCAGGUCUGCGCUCUUAACCAGGUCAACUCGAACACGAAGUCUCACAUCGAGCUGAAGGAGCCCUUGCUCCGCCUCGCCAUCAGCAUGAGUAACGAUGCCACAACCUGGGAAGACCUCCAGCCGGUUAUGCGAUCCCGCCCAGACUUGGCCCUGGGGUUGGCCAAUUACUAUCACUUCAUGAAUGGCAGAAAAUGCGUUGGUUGCUGCGCGGAGGAAAAGAAAAAUGGCGGAGACUCGGGCGUUCUCGAACGUUGGUGUUAUUCCUGUGAUGAUGGUAGCACCUACAUGAAGAGAAGGCCUGUCUACCCCUCCUCUGACGAAAACCAGAGCUCCCGCGAGAACACGAUUGCACUUUUUGCAGAGUCUUGGAAGCAGAAAGAGCUCAUGUAUGAGGGAAUUGCUGGUACAUUUAGAGACGACCAUUAGCUUACCUUUAAGAAGCGGUGGAAGCACACCAUCACUCUGACAAAAGAUAGUAUUUAACCAAGGGGUGAGCUACUCGAGGGAUGUUGAUCAAAUCAGGUCUUGCUUUGUUC